AUGAUUGAGGAAAGCAUUAAGCAACUACCGUUGUACAGACCUCCUGAGCGACCAGAAGCAGAAAGGUUGAGUCGAAUUGAUCAACAUGAUCUCGAUGAUGCUACUAUGAAGGAUCUAGCGACCUGGUUUAUGGCUGAGGAUAAGAGGGCGGCUGAUGGUGUCAGUCGGUCGACGGUAUUGGACUUUAUAGGAGAAUCUUUGGGACUGUUGGAGCCUGAGGAAGCUGAGAUGGAAAAAGAGGACAAUUUACGGUAUCCUCGAUUCGGUAGAGAUAAAGGCAAACUGCUGCACGAAGUGACUAAGGCGUUCGUUCAUAAGGGGCAUGGUCGACUUGACGAGGAAAAGAGGCAAGCCGGGUGCUCUGUGAGUGAAGCCGCCGAAUUAUUGUCUAGCGUCAUUGCAAUUCACGGUGACGACACCGCUGAUAGGGUUCAGGAACGAUUACAUAAGAUCAUAGAGACCAAUUAUAAGGAUACUGGCUUGCCUGAGGUUUCUGUCUUUCAAAAUCCUAUGAAUAUUCCCCCACCAGUACAACCUCUACCUGAAGUAGACGAGGAAGAGGCCAAUAGAGCUGUGCUCAAGCUGGAAUUAGAGCAGUAUACGGCUGAGUUGGCUGAGGGUGGUGCUGAUAAAGAAAGGAAGAAGUGGCUGGAAAGUGAGAUAAAAACUGUUGACGGAUUGCUACAUAAGAAGUGAAUGUCGUGAAGGUGACUCCAAAAUAUCUGGCUGUAUAAACUUGUGCGAAUCUUGAAUUUCCACUUUCCUUUAUCAAAUCGAGUUUCGAUA